AUGGCGGUGGAGGACAGCAAGGUGCGAGUGGUGGUGCGGGUCCGGCCUCCCACCCCACGGGAGUUGGAGAGUCAGCGGCGGCCUGUCGUUCAGGUGGUGGAUGAGCGGGUGCUGGUGUUUGACCCUGAGGAGCCCGAUGGGGGCUUCCUUGGCCUGAAAUGGGGCAGUACCCAUGAUGGCCCCAAGAAGAAGGGCAAAGACCUGACAUUUGUCUUUGACCGGGUCUUUGGUGAGACGGCCACCCAACAGGACGUGUUCCAGCACACCACCCACAGCAUUCUGGACAGCUUCCUCCAGGGCUACAACUGCUCAGUGUUUGCCUAUGGGGCCACCGGGGCUGGGAAGACGCACACCAUGCUGGGAAGAGAGGGGGACCCCGGCAUCAUGUACCUGACCACCAUGGAACUGUACAGGCGGCUUGAGGCCCACCAGGAGGAGAAGCGAUUCGAGGUGCUCAUCAGCUACCAGGAGGUGUACAAUGAGCAGAUCCAUGACCUCCUGGAGCCCAAGGGGCCCCUGGCCAUCCGUGAGGACCCCGACAAGGGCGUGGUGGUGCAAGGACUUUCCUUCCACCAGCCAACCUCAGCUGAGCAGCUGCUGGACAUGCUGACCAGGGGGAACCGCAACCGCACGCAGCACCCAACUGACGCCAAUGCUACCUCCUCCCGCUCCCAUGCCAUCUUCCAGAUCUUCGUGAAGCGGCAGGACCGGGUUCCAGGUCUGACUCAGGCCCUUCAAGUGGCCAAAAUGAGCCUGAUUGACCUGGCUGGUUCGGAGCGGGCGUCUAGCACCCACGCGAAGGGGGAGCGGCUGCGGGAGGGUGCCAACAUCAAUCGUUCUCUGCUGGCCCUCAUCAACGUCCUCAACGCCCUGGCCGACGCAAAGGGCCGUAAGUCUCACGUGCCCUACCGGGACAGCAAACUGACCCGUCUGCUCAAGGACUCCAUCGGGGGCAACUGUCGCACAGUGAUGAUCGCUACCGUCAGCCCCUCCAGUCUGGCCUACGAGGACACAUACAACACCCUCAAGUAUGCUGACCGGGCCAAAGAGAUCAAGCUCUCGCUGAAGAGUAAUGUGAUCAGCCUGGACUGUCACAUCAGCCAGUAUGCCACCAUCUGCCAGCAGCUGCAGGCUGAGGUGGCUGCCCUGAGGGAGAAGCUCCAAAUGUACGAGGCGGGAGCCCAAGCACCACCACAGGACCUCCCGAAAUCCCCCAGAUCCGGCCCUCCCCAGCAAGCCCAGCCCUGCACCCCAGAGCUCCACCCAGGGUCUGCAGUCCUUCCAGAGGAGAGCCUGGGGCCAGAGGCCCCGGUGGGGAGGGUCAUGGAAGGGAACUCUCCAGACCGGGAACCGCCCCCAGAGGACAAGGAAGACAACCCAGCCGAGGAGGUUCCAAUCCAGGUACCAGAGCAGACCCUCAGACACCCACUGCCAAGGUCCCCGGGCCUGACCCUGCAGCCCAAGCCAGACACGGGCUGCCUCUCACCACAGAACUUGGGCAGGGACUGUUCUAAGCAGUUGGCCCUGAAGGUGCUGUGCCUGGCACAGCGACAGUACUCCCUGCUCCAAGCAGCCAACCUGCUGACCCCCGACAUGAUCACAGAGUUCGAGACCCUACAGCAGCUGGUACAAGAGGAAAAAGCUGAGCCCAGAGCCGAGGCCUCAGGCACACCCGGCCCGGCCAGGGGGGCACCUCUGGAGCUGCGUUUAGAGUCAGGUGAGUCUUGUCCCUGCUCUGCCUCUAUCAACCUGCCUUCUCUGUGUUCAGAGUCUCCAGGAUACUCUGGCCCCGUGACCCGGACCAUGGCAAGGCGACUGAGUGGCCUCAUGCACACUCUGGGGGUCCUACCAGGGCCUGACCGCACCCCAGCCCAGGUAGCCCGGCGGCCCACAGAGAAGAAGAGGAGGAGGAGACCGAGCCCCUCAGAGCCAGACAGCCCCCCAGCCCCGAAGCUGGGGACCAAACGCCAGCGCCAGUCCUUCCUGCCCUGCCUGAGGAGGGGGUCCCUGCCUGAGGCUCAGCCUUCACUCGGGCCCACCACCCCCAGAGGGGGAAAGGCCUCCUCCUCCUGCCACUCCCCUCGCAUCUGCCCAGCCACAGUCAUCAAAAGCCGGGUGCCCCUGGGCCCUUCUGCCGUGCAGAACUGCUCUACUCCUCUGGCCCUGCCCCCUCGGGACCUCAACGCCACCUUUGACAUCUCAGAGGAGCCCCCCUCAAAACUGGGUUUCCUUGAAUGCACUGGCUGGGAGAAUGUUCUCCAGGAGCCGAGCACGCUGGAUCAGCCCUUCAUCCCCAGUGGACCUGUACCCCUGUUCACCAUGAAAGGCCCCAAACCAACAUCUUCCUUCCCUGGGAGCUCAGCCCGCAAGAAGAGGCGCAUUGCGAGUUCCUCAGUCUCCCGCUCCCUAGGAGUGGCCCGUGGCCGCAGCCGCAUCGCCCGCCUCCCCAGCAGCACCUUGAAGAGGCCAGCUGGGCCCCUCACAAUCCCAGAACCCCCCUCCAGUCCCCGCUGCCCUGGCAACCAGAGGAGCCAGCAGGAACUGAUGGGGAUUGGAGGAGCCCUGUCAUCUGGGAGCUCUAUCACCAAGGUGUCCUGA